GGAACUUCUUUUACUUUAUUAUAAAGGUAAGGUAAAAAAUUGAGGGGUUCCGAUAACCGAUGACGGCGACAGCCGAAUUUUCAGGGAAACAUAGCCUAUAUGAUAUUGCCAAGAUUUAUAGAUGUACAUAAUGGAAGCAAUUUUGACUGAAGUAGCUGAUUCAGCAGAUCUUAAGAAGUUUGAGUUGAUGUACAAUGACCAGCUUCGCCGGGGACAGGUGAGCGAGAAGGCCCAGUUUGAGUAUGCAUGGUGCCUAGUGAGAAGUAAAUACAUAGAAGACAUGAAGAAGGGAGUUGCUCUACUGGAAGAUUUAUUCAAGAAAGCGACGGAUGACAAUGCUCGCCGAGAUUACUUAUAUUACAUGUCUGUAGGAUACACCAGAAUAAAGGAGUAUCCACAGGCAUUGAAAUACAUCAAGGCUUUACUAAAAAUAGAACCUGGAAACCACCAGGCAUUGGAUUUACAGAAGUACAUCAACAACAAGAUGACCAAAGAGGGAAUAAUGGGUAUGGCGAUAGUGGGUGGAGCGGCCCUGGCACUCGGGGGAUUAGUGAGCCUUGGUAUAGCGCUGACUAAAAAGUGAUUUCUAAUGAAGGACCAGACUCUGUGAUGACUGUUGUUGUGGUAGUUACCAGUGAUUCAAUAAAUAUACAGAGUACCAGGUCCCCACAGAUUACAAGAGACUGGUUCAAUAUUAAUAUUAUGUAAAAGCUUGUCAUUUGACACUUGUACCUUAUCACUAGAAAUACUCCAACAUCGGGAGAAAAGGCUGUGGUAUUUAUUUGGUGGUUGACUGGUUUUGGCAUUAAGACGUUGUCAGAACAAAUGGUAAUGUAAGUACAUGUAUAAGGGAUUGCUGAAGUGAAAAUAGCAGUAAUACAAGUAUUGCGAUACUAUUUGUUCUGAUGAAACAGUCCAAGUCUGAAAGCAGACUGCCACCCAGUGAAUACCGCAGCAUUUUCUCUGGUGUUGGAUUUCUGCAUUUUCUAAUACAAAUUGUCCUUCGAUACAGAGCCUGUUGAAUACCUAUGAUACUGGCCUCUGGAAAUUUACCGCAAUUUUCAAUUUAUACUCUACAACAUUGAAUCCAGUCAAUUUAUUUAUUUACAUGUAUGUUAUGUUUAUUCAGUUAUUUUAAAAAUGGUGCUGAAAAUGAUGUACCAUUUGCCUAUAUUGUAAUAAAUUGAUUUGAUAAAA